AUGGCGGCCGACAUUGGGCAAAUCUCUCAGUUCCUGAAUGCAACCCUCGAUCCUUCCCAGCACCGUAAAGCCGAGAAUGCUCUGAAGCAAGAGGCUACCAAGCCCCAAUACUCGCUCACCUUGCUGAACAUUGUCAAUUCCGACUCUCUUCCCCCCAAUACCCGACUCGCUGCUUCCUUGGCCUUCAAGAACUUCAUACGUUCCAACUACGUGGAUGAGGAAGGCAACUACAAAAUUUCACAGGAUGAGGUUCAGAUAAUAAAGGAGCGCCUGAUUGGUUUGAUGAUCUCGAGCCCGCCAAAUGUUCAGAAACAGCUGGGCGAAGCAAUCAGCGUCAUUGCAGACUCCGACUUUUGGAGGCGGUGGGAUACCUUGACCCAAGAGCUGGUUAGUCGGUUUUCUACCACGGAUCCCAAGGUCAAUGUCGGCGUCCUCGAAGUCGCUCAUUCGAUUUUUAACCGAUGGCGCCCUCUAAAUCGAUCCAACGAGUUGUAUAUCGAAAUCAACCACGUCAUCACCACGUUCGGCCAGCCUUUUGUUCAGUUGCUGGUGACUACUGACAGCAAAAUCGCCGCGCAUGCCAACGACAAAAAUGCCCUCAAGGGGUGGUUCGAGACCCUCGACAUGCAAAUCAAGAUCCUACAUGAUAUGUCCUCUCACGACCUUCCCCCGAUUUUUGAAGAGAACCUUGCGAGUAUCUCUGAGCUUCUCCACAAAUACCUGACCUACAACAACCCACUGCUCGAGACAGAUGAUGACGACGAGGCGAGUAUUGUCGACACAGCCAAGGCAGGAAUUUGCGAGUUGCUGGAGCUUUAUACUAUCAAGUAUGAUGAGGACUUUUCAAAAUACUGCGCACCUUUUAUUACGAGCGCGUGGAACCUACUAUCGACAGUUGGGCCUCAAACCAAGUAUGACAACCUCGUGAGCAAGAGCUUGCACUUCUUGACCGCGGUCGCCGGUACAGCUGAGCACGCUGCUGUUUUCAACAAUGAGAAUGUUUUGUCUCAAAUUGUCGAAAAAGUCAUCUUGCCUAAUGUUGCCCUGAGAGAAUCAGACAUUGAAAUGUUCGAAGACGAACCCAUCGAGUUUAUUCGACGAGAUCUAGAGGGCUCAGAUACGGACUCAAGACGCCGGUCUUCCACAGAUUUCUUGCGAAAAUUGCAAGAAAGAUUUGAGACUCCCGUAACAACCGCGGUGUCCAAGUAUAUCACCCACUAUCUUGACCAGGGCAAGACGGACUGGAAGGCCAAGGACACGGCCGUCUAUCUAUUCUUGUCUAUUGCCGCCAAGGGAGCUGUCACCGCCGCACAGGGGGUCAAGACUGUGAACCCACUUGUCAAUGUUGUCGAGUUCUUUGAACAGCAUAUUGCGGCAGAUCUCAUGGCGAGCGAGGGGGUGGAGCCCAUCUCCAAAGUUGAUGCUAUUAAAUAUCUUUACACAUUCCGCAGUCAACUGUCCAAGGAACAGUGGACGCUCGCUUUACCGCCGUUGAUUCAAAACAUGAACUCGUCCAACUAUGUUGUCUACACGUACGCUGCAAUUGCUGUUGAACGUGUUUUGUUCUUGGCGGAUGAUGUGGGCAAUCAAAUGUUCCCCCGAACCGACAUUGAGCCCUUUGCAAAGGACCUUCUCAACCACUUGUUCAAGCUGAUUGAGCGCGAAACUAAUGCCGCCAAGUUGCAAGAAAACGAGUUCUUGAUGCGCUGCGUCAUGAGAAUUCUCAUCGUCAUCAAGGAUGGUGCCGCGCCAAUGCUAGAUAACGUCUUGACCCACCUUAUUCUCAUUACCAACGUCAUGAAGCACAACCCUAGCAACCCAAGGUUCUACUACUACCACUUCGAGGCUAUGGGUGCAUUGGUACGAUACUGCUCUGGGACCAAUACCGCGAUUUUCAACCAGAAGCUGUGGGAGCCAUUUAAUCUGAUCCUUACUGAAGAUGUUACCGAGUUCAUUCCUUACAUUUUCCAAAUUCUUGCCCAGCUUCUCGAGUCAAGUCCCGCAGACGCUGUUUCUGAGAACUUCAAGAGUCUUCUGGGCCCUCUUCUGGCUGCGCCUUUGUGGGAGACCCGUGGCAACGUUCCUGCUUGCGUUCGUCUGUUAUCUGCUGUCAUUCCCAAGGCAUCAAGCUUGGUUAUUCAGAACAAUCAGCUGGAAGCCGUUCUUGGCAUUUUCCAAAAACUGCUUGCAUUCAAGAAGUCCGAAGUCCAGGCCUUUGACAUUUUGGAUGCCAUUGUCAACUCGUUUGAGCCCUCUGCGCUGGACAAAUAUUUUGGCACGAUUCUGCAGCUUCUGUACACCAAGCUGCAGGGAUCUCCUGCCGACUCGUUCAAGAUCCGUUUCGCCCGCUUCUAUCAUCUGGUCAGUGCCAGACUUGAAGCUGGCUAUGGUGCGGACUUCUUCAUCAAGCAAUCAGACCAGUUGGAUGCAGGUGCAUUUGCCCAAGUGUAUCCACCAUUUGUGCUUGCUGAGACAGAGAAGCUCGCCAAGCCUGUUGACCGCAAAACGGCAGUCGUGUCACUGACCAAGACAUUAUGCGAUUCACAGGUGUUUGGGCAGAAGUUUAUGAAAGGCUGGGCCAGCAGCUGCCGUAUUCUGCUGUCCCUGCUCGCAAACCCUCCCGCUGUUGCCGCUGGCCAAGGCGACGAGAUCAUAACGGAGAGUUCAGUAGAUGAUAUUGGUUUCGGCAUGACAUAUACUGCUCUCAACACGUGCCGACCCCUGGCUCGCGACGACUUUCCUGAAGUUCAAAACGUGACGACGUGGGUCAAGCAGUACAUGGUUGAAGCCAACCGGCGACACGGUGGGGCUAUUGAAGGUUUCAUCACCCAGAGACUUCCCCCAGAACAGCAGGAGGCCAUUGCCCAGUAUAUUCGCUGA